AUGUCUGCCACUUGCCAUUCGGCUUCAGCUCCAACGGCGUUAUUAUUCUUCAGAAGCACCAAUGGUUCCAUCACUUGCAGUAACCUCUUACCAGCCCCCUCCAAGAAGCCAAAGAGUUGCUGCAGCUCUCGCCUUGUUUUACCUGUUAUAGCUUCUUCAUCUUCUUCCUCUUCUUCGUCUUCUUCAGUUAAAGAUGUCUGGAGAAGAUCAACUGACAACCCUCCUCCUCCGUCGUCGUCGUCGUCAUCAUCACCAUCUCUCCGUCCAAGGCAUUACAGUCAUCAUCGCCAAAAACACCACCAGCAACAACAACCAGUCUAUUGGGAUCACAGCGUCGACAUGGAAGAGCUCCUCUCAUCCAUUAGGCAGACAUCUAACGAGCAGGAACUCUACGCACUGAUGUCUCCAUACAAAGGGAGGCAGCUUUCGCUUCGCUUCAUGGUUUCUCUUCUCUCUCGCGAAUCCGACUGGCAGCGUUCCCUUGCCCUCCUUGAUUGGAUGAUAGAAGAGGCCUCGUAUGCUCCUUCUGUCUUUGCCUACAACGUUGUCAUUCGUAAUGUGCUUCGCGCAAAGCAAUGGCAGCUCGCCCCGGGCCUGGUCGACGAAAUGCGUCAAAGGUCCCUCUCGCCUGAUCGUUUCACCUACUCUACCCUCAUCACCCAUUUCGGCAAGGAGGGCCUAUUCGACUCUGCCCUCUCCUGGCUCCAGCAGAUGGAGCAAGACCGUGUCUCCGGUGACCUUGUUUUGUACAGUAACCUCAUCGAGCUUUCACGCAGGCUCCACGACUACUCCAAGGCCAUCUCUCUCUUCUCCAGGUUGAAGCGCUCUGGCUUCUCCCCAGACCUUGUAGUAUACAAUUCCAUGAUCAAUGUCUUCGGCAAGGCUAAGCUCUUCCGGGAAGCCCGUCUCCUCCUUCAAGAGAUGAGAUCAGCUGGUGUUGCGCCCGAUACAGUUAGCUAUUCCACCCUUCUCACUACGUACGUCGAGCACCAAAGAUUCAUUGAGGCUUUGACCAUAUUCUCUGAGAUGAAAGAUGUCAAAUGCCCUCUCGAUCUUACCACUUGCAACAUCAUGAUUGAUGUUUACGGUCAGCUUGGCAUGGCCAAGGAAGCAGACCGCCUCUUUUGGAGCAUUAGAAAGAUGGGAAUUGAGCCCAAUGUGGUCAGUUACAACACCCUCUUGAGUGUCUAUGGCGAGGCUGAGCUCUUUGGGGAAGCCAUCCAUCUUUUCCGGUUAAUGCAGAGGAAGAGUAUCGAACAAAAUGUGGUCACUUACAACACCAUGAUUAAGAUCUAUGGCAAGUCUCUGGAGCAUGAGAAAGCCAACAAUCUUGUCCAAGAGAUGCAAAGUAGAGGGAUUGAACCAAAUGCUGUUACUUAUUCCACAAUAAUCUCUAUAUGGGGAAAAGCUGGGAAAUUGGAUCGGGCAGCAAUGUUGUUCCAAAAGCUGAGGAGCUCUGGAGUAGAGAUCGAUCAGGUCCUUUACCAGACGAUGAUUGUGGCAUAUGAGAGGGCGGGUCUGGUUGGACAUGCCAAGCGUCUGCUUCAUGAGCUCAAACGUCCAGACAACAUGCCCAGAGAGACGGCCAUCUCAAUACUCGCAGGAGCCGGUCGGGUUGAAGAGGCUAUAUGGGUCUUCCGUCAGGCUUCCGAUGUCGGGGAGCUGAAGGAUCUAUCUGUCUUUGGGUGCAUGAUUGAUCUGCUUUCAAGGAAUAGGAAGCAUGAAAAUGUGGUUGAGGUGUUUGAGAAGAUGAGAGGGGCAGGAUUUUUUCCUGAUUCUAAUGUUAUUGCUCUUGUGCUGAAUGCUUAUGGGAAGCUGAGGGAAUUUGAGAAAGCAGGUGCUGUUUAUAGGGAAAUGCAGGAAGAAGGUUGUGUUUACUCUGACGAAGUACACUUUCAAAUGUUAAGCCUCUAUGGAGCUCAAAGGGAUUUUAAGGCUGUGGAGACACUGUUUGAGAAGCUGGACUCUGAUCCCAACAUUCACAAGAAAGAAUUACAUCUCGUCACUGCCAGCAUUUACGAGAGAGCAAAUAAGCUGGAUGAUGCAUCUCAAAUUAUUAACCGGAUAAGCAUAGAUGGAAACUGAAGGUCGUUGUAUUCAUCACCAUAGAGGGAAAGUAUCUUAUCCUUGAAUGGGCUAAACUACAGCAACUUCUUGUAAAUUGCACAGAUUUAUGUUGAUUCUUUGGUAAAUGUUAGUAUUUCUCAAGUUUAAAUUGAGGUGGCUGAUUGAUGCUCCCAAUUCCUAUGUUGGUUCGAGUGCAGCAAUGAUCAAAAUGGUGGCAUAAACCUUUCUUCCAAUUUAUUGGUAACUGUUGGAUCAA